AUGGCCCUCCGACCAACUCUCACCAAACGCCUUCCCUCCCUCUCAACCCUCUCCCUCCGCACGCACUCCACCUCCGUCUCCGCAAAUGAAGUCACCCAUUUCUCCGCCCUCGCCAGCAGCUGGUGGGAUCCCAUGGGCUCCUCGCGCGUGCUGCACCUCAUGAACCCCCUCCGCCACGACUUCAUCGCAUCCUGUCUCGCCGACGGCCUGCCCGCCCCUUCGUAUUCGUCCCCCUCGUCUUCUUCCCCGAACAACCUCCGCUAUCUGGACGUCGGCUGCGGAGGCGGCAUCUUCGCGGAAUCGUUGGCACGAACAAUCCCCUCCUCCUCCUCCUCCUCCUCACAGACCCAACCAACCUCCCCAGAAGCAUCAGCAUCAACAGCAACACCCACCCGCGCCGCCAGCAUCACCGCCAUCGACCCGACGCCUCAACUCAUCCAGAUCGCACGCGACCACGCCCGCACAGACCCGAAAGUCGCGGCGCAUCUCUCGUCGGGGAAAUUCCAAUACCGGAACUGUACCCUAGAGGAUCUUGUCCGUGCCUAUCAGCAGGCCCAAACCUCCUCUCCUAGCCCUCACUCGCAACCGCAACCGCAACCGCAACCCCAGAACCAAUUCGACAUCGUCACCCUCUUCGAAGUCCUCGAACACAUCGACACCAACGCCACCUCCUCCCCCCUGCGCUUCCUCACCGACUGUCUCCGUCUCCUGCGCCCCGGCGGCUGGCUCAUUGGCUCGACCAUCUCGCGCUCCCUGCCCGCCUUCCUCGUCAACCAGGUCAUUGCGGAAGCGCCGUGGCCGAUCGGCGUCGUGCCUCGGGGGACGCACGAUUGGGCGAAGUUUGUGAACCCGGAGGAGCUGAGGGGGUGGGCUAGGGAGGGGUUGCUGGCUUCUACUUCUUCUACUGGCCCUACUUCUUCCGGGUCUGGAUCUGGGUCUGGGUCUGGGUCUGCAGCUACGGCUACCACUACCCAGAACAUCAAUUCCAGAUCCGCUACCAUGCAAUGGAAAUGUUCCGGGGUGAUGUAUUUCCCCGGAAUAGGCUGGAAGAUCGUUUCCGGGUCAGAGAACUGGGGGAAUUAUUUCUGGGCUGUGAGGAAGGGGUUAUAG